AGGUGGCCACCCCAGUGGGUAAGGCCCAGGCGGCGCUCCUGCCCCGCGCACCCUCCCUCUGCCUCUCACUACUUUCCAGCCGCCGAGGCCGUGGAAGAUUUGAAGCUCACCAAAGAAGGGAAAUCCACCGAGAACAGCCUGUAAAGUGUGAAGAGAUAUCCAGAUAUUACCCGCACUCCAUCUGACCCCUGUCUGAAGUUGGAAUUCUUCAACUGGGUAUCCCGGGGACUGGCUGCCUGCCAAGACCGUUGAGACAAGCUUUGUGCAAACGGCCCCUGACGACAUCCAGGAGGUAGCAGUAGUCUGAGAGGUAGACCCUUUCUCUGGAAAGCUGAAAGCAUUUUACGGUAUUGAUUUGUUCUCACCAGAGCUGAGGCGUGAGUGACUUCUUCCACGGUGAGGAAAUGUCGUUCCGAUUCGGCCAACAUCUCAUCAAGCCCUCGGUGGUGUUUCUCAAGACAGAACUGUCCUUUGCCCUCGUGAACAGGAAGCCUGUGGUACCAGGACAUGUCCUGGUGUGUCCACUGCGGCCAGUAGAGCGCUUCCGAGACCUGCAUCCUGAUGAAGUGGCUGAUUUGUUUCAGGCCACCCAGCGCGUUGGGAAGGUGGUGGAGCAGCAUUUCCAGGGAACCUCUCUCACCUUCUCCAUACAGGAUGGCCCUGAAGCUGGACAGACUGUGAAGCAUGUUCAUGUCCACAUUCUCCCCAGGAAGACUGGAGACUUCAGCAGAAAUGACAGCGUCUAUGAUGAGCUCCAGAAACAUGACAAAGAAGACUGCGCAGCCACGUGGCGCUCAGAGGAAGAAAUGGCGGCAGAAGCAGCAGCGCUGCGUGUCUACUUCCAGUGAUGCAGGCACACACGUAGCUCGAACAAAUCCCGUGGCGUGAGGGACUGGGCCUCCUUCUCUAGGACUUCCAGGCUUUGGAAAUGAAGCUAAGCAGCCUUUGUUAUAUCCGGCAAUUCUGCAACCUUUCUCGAGGCAUUUUAUUAUUACACUUGCGGAAACCAUCGGGGUUACAUUUCAAUCACGGUGAUUGACAGAUUCACUUCCAAACAGCAGCUCUGGCGGCCUUUCCACACUUCCUCAACUAUGUACUUCGAAUAGAACCUUUCCUAAGUUGUCCCUUGGCCUGGGUGGAAAUAAAGUCAUGGGUAAAAUAUUUA